AUGGGAGCUACCGAUAUUGCCUCGCGCCUUCGAGCCAGAUUUACGAAGCGAAGACACUCGGCAGCAGGUUCUCAAGCAUCCUCGAACCAUAGCGUCACCGACAUCUCAUCGUCGUUCGGAAGCCGUCAAGUCGGGGAUCGUGAUCGGGCUCGGUCUCGCCAAAAUGGAGAUGGAGAUCGUUCAUCCCGUGCCGUGAGUAAUUCAAGGGGCACCCUUAGUAGCCGACAUGGUAUGACAGCAACAACCGAUGACUCGCAACGGCAACGACAAGAUAGCGACGAGUUCGCAAAGAUCAAGGUUUCUCGCCGAGUUUCAGAACCAGAACCAGAACCAGCAAACUCCAAUUCAGACUCAGCAGAAAAUACAUCCUCGGAGACAGAUACUGAGGCACCCGGAGCGGUUCCACCCGUUAAAGACCAUUCCACAACAAGAGAUGUAGCGCUGAAACACUCGACCCCCCCUGUAGACCAGGAGAGCCUUGGCGAAGAGCCUGCUACAGCCGCCACUAGCUCGAGCUGUAGCUCUAGUUCUAGCGACCAGCACCAGCCUCCGCCACAACCACAACCUCAAAUCAAUCCACCACCGUUGAUCUCCCCUUCACUACAUCAACAAGAACAGUCAUCACCAUCGCGGCCACGCCAGGCAAGCUCGAAUCUCGACCGAAUUCACGAGGACGCACAGGAUUCGGAUUCGGAUUCAGAAUCACCCACUGCGCGCUCCAGAGCUGUCGCGAGCUUAGACUUGGAUGCCGCCUCUGAGCUUGCUGGACACAAUGACGACGACCCGUUGAGUCUAGAUCAAGCUCCAAACCCCCCCAGAUCUGCCGCGUUUGCGCCUUUGGCAGCGGCUACCUCGACGAACUUUGUCACUCCAUCUCCUGGUCUCCCGUCAUCAGGAAUUCUUUCGGUCCCUGGCUCUCCAACAGCGCGACCAGCCCCGCCCCCCAGACGACAGAGCUUGCUGUCGAACCGCCAGACGACCUUGAUCAACACACUCCUUUCGAACCAAUCCACGCAUGAACCUAACAUAACACAACCUCAUACAUACGCGCCCAUAAACGGAAAUAUGGUGACCCGCAAGAUCUGGGUCAAGCGACCCCAUGCAUCACCAACCCUCGUUACUGUCAACGAAGACGACCUUGUUGACGACGUCCGCGACAUGAUACUACGUAAAUAUUCAAAUUCCCUCGGCCGAAGCUUCGACUCUCCCGAUAUAAACAUCCGCGUUAUACCUCGAGACCAACAUUCAGAACGUGUCCUCAAUCCUGAGGAGCCUAUGGGCAGGACGCUAGACGCCUAUUACCCAGGUGGGCAGACGGUUGAAGAAGCUCUUGUAAUCGAUAUCCCUCGACGUGCGCCUAAGGCUUCCCCACGCCCUGUAAUACCAGCGUAUGUUGGCAAUGUCUACUACAGCGAAGAUGGUCGACCUACUGAAACGAGCGACGGUUACUUUCCCUCAGUGGGUGUGGGUGCUCAUCCUGGCGCCGUUGGCUCGCCACACCUCCCGGUGGCAGUACCCGCACAUGUUAAUACUCAAGGUCAGCAGCACUCGAUUGCAGUGUUGGGGACUGGUAUUAUCCCUCCCAUCCCGUCGCCUGGUAGAACACGCACACACCAAAGCCAUCCAAGCCGUCCCGGAGUAGCCCGUACUCACACGUCAUCACCGACCACGAUAGUUGGUACUUCAUCCGUAUCUUUGGCUGCCGCUGCCGCUGCGAAUCAUGCGAGCCACGAUGCCCCUGGUAUGCCGCCUGCUGCCCCUCCUCUGCCGACGCCACCCGCACCCGAGCCGUCAACAGGAUAUGUCUCGACACCACCUGCCAGGCCAUCCUCACCCCGACCCAUACCCAAAACCAGGAAAACAAAAAAGUCCGAGCAUCCAAGCCUACCACCAGGCAUGCUCAAUGGUGGUGUGCCCCCCAUCAACGUUCUGAUCGUCGAAGAUAACCCGAUCAACCUCAAGUUGCUCGAGGCUUUCGUUAAGCGCCUUAAGGUGCGAUGGUCAACCGCUAUGAAUGGACGCGAUGCCGUGAAGAAGUGGAGGAGUGGUGGAUUCCAUUUGGUUUUGAUGGAUAUUCAGCUCCCAGUCAUGAACGGACUCGAUGCGACUCGCGAGAUUCGUAGGUUAGAGCGAGUCAACUCAAUUGGUGUCUUUUCUUCGUCUCCUGAUGGCGAAAUAACGACGGAAAAUCCCGACGAGGUUGAUGAGAAAGAUCGUCUGGACAACAGUUCUUUAUUUAAGAGCCCAGUAAUCAUCGUCGCUUUGACUGCCAGUUCACUGCAGAGUGAUCGACAUGAAGCGUUAGCCGCGGGCUGCAACGAUUUCUUGACCAAGCCCGUCAAUUUCGUUUGGCUUGAGCGCAAGGUCAUGGAAUGGGGCUGCAUGCAAGCUCUUAUUGACUUUGAUGGCUGGCGCAAGUGGAAAGAAAUUUCUCAGGAAGCUGAAGAGAAUGAGGCGGCGAAGAAGGCAGCAGUUGCAGCAGCCAAGGCAAAGUCGAAAAAGAAUCGAGUUUCCAUGACCAAGCCUGGCUGA